GUUACUUCCGGGAGUCUUCAUUCUGAAUUCUGGGAAUUCACCGAAAGUGAAAGUUGAUAGAAUUGUAUUGUGUCCGAGACUUACAGCAGAAUUCCAUGAUGGCGGAAACUAUAAAACACGUUCACCUUUUCAACUUCGAUAAAACGUAUAAUCUGGCUUCAGUAGAAGCACUGCUGUUAGACACAAAAGCCAAGCUCGAUUUCGAAUUAUCGAUUGAGAAGCAUGAUGACUUGGUUCUUCCAAAGAUGUCUGAAGCGUGCGAAAGCAUGAUUCCUGCAUUGCGGAUGGACUUGGCGGUUUUUGUAGUGCAAGCACACGAAUCUCGGCUCUCAAUCAAUGAAGAAAGCGCUGGGAUAGGAUACGCAAAGUUCUACAAAGCUUUGCAGCACAAAACGGGUGAGCCUUAAUUACAACACCAUUCAUAACCCUUAUAACAGGUCAAACACUGUCCUUUAUCGUAAGAAAAUAUAUUACAACUAACUACCGUCACGAUAGGAGCAAUAGCUGAGCCAAUUUGCUUACAUGCCUUUUACUGCCCAAAUAUGACGAUACUCGAGGGAGCAACAAUGAGGCUUUGGUCCACUGAGUUUUCUAGGGAAUGAUAGUUCUCUCCGAUAUGUAUCAAUUAAAUGCAGAUCAUCUCAGUAUACAUCCGUCGAUUUCAGUCGAUUUCGUGUAAAAUGAAUUUCAGUACUCUGUAUGAAUAAUGCACAUAUUCAGCAUGCUCGUAAGUAGUAAAAACCUGUGCAUCUGACUGUGUACCAGUACAGUAGAAGCUAUAUACAGUACUAGUACACGUCGACAUAUAUAAGUCAGUUUUAAAAUGAAUUCAAACUUCAUUUGUGUUUGACUUCGUUAUAUUUUUCACUACAUACGGGGCAAACUGGUAUAGGGCUGAAUUAUCUUAGUUCGCUGAAUAGAGUAAAAGCUAACGACUGAAACUAACAGCUUUGUAAUAGAUAUAUUAACUUAAAUUUAUUUUCAUUUUGGUUUAACUUUUUUUUUUCUUUGUUGGUUCACACUCAUAAAUUACCAAAAAUUUCAAGCAAGAAUAAAAGUGAAUCACAACAAAUACAUUGCUGGGGGAUCAUGAUUAAUUUGCUUUUUCACUUAACGUAUCUGAGUGUGUCAGGCACUUGACAUGCUAUUUUGUGUGCAGGUAAUAAGCAAUUUCGGUUUUAUCUGCUCUCACUUUCAAUACAUGUCUUCUUCAAUUUCCACUCAUCACAUUUACCUUUGUGGGAAAGAUUUUCUAAAGGGGUGGGGUGAGGUUGGCUGGUGCAAAUCAAUAAGUCAUGCUGUGUUUACAUCCACAAGUUUACAAGAAUAACUCUUUCAUGAAUGUUUACAAAUAAAUAAAUGUAUAAUCAAGGCUAACUGUUCGGCAAGGCGAUUAUAUUUUAUCCUUUAAUUGCCAUACACUUGUCUCCAUGAUCUUCUCUCUUAAAGUGUCUGCUCCCUGCAGGCUUUGCUUUGGGGAAGUGAGACACCUAUAGAGUACUUAAGUAUGACGUAAUAAAAAUGAAAUUUCUGAAAUUAUGGGAUUUGUCAGGAUAUUCGGAAAGAACAAUGUCCAAGAGGCCUACUUACCAAAAAUGAGCACUUCGGGGCAAAUUGUCUCUGAGAUAGUAGCCUAGUUAUGCUUAGAAAACUCCACACAAACCCUUCUAAAUUUUUUUGGGCCGACCCCCCAAAAAAUUUGAAGGGUUUGUAUGGAGUUUUCCUAGUAUAACCGGCUAACAUCUCAGAGACAAUUUGCUCCGACAUGCUCAUUUUUGGUAAGUAGGCCUCUUGGACAUUGUUCUUUCAGAAUGUCCUGACAAAUCCCAUAAUUUCAGAAAUCUAAUUUUUAUGACGUCAUCACUUUAGUACUCUAUUAAGCCCUUCCCGGGAGUAAAUAAGUAGGAUUGAGGGCCUGGAACCCACUGAGAUUGGAGCAAAUAUUCAGGAGUAAAUCUGGAAUUCAGUUCAUCAAACCCUCACGGCCAAUCACACGGGAAGGAUGUUCGAUGUAUGUGAACGACUUGUGCCGCUCCGGGCCUUUGCUGUUCUUAUUAUACGGCUGUCUGGUAUAGUGUGAAAGUAGCCUUUAAUUAGUGUUUGACUUUUGUAGUCCUAGCGUGUAUCUAUUUAUGUAUUUUGUAUUGUCUUGUUGUAAGGUGACAAUGUUAUCAUAGUUAUCGGUGGAGAUGAUGAAUACAAAGACGAACGUGAAGAAGAUGAAGCUGUUCUGUCCCGUUGGGCUCGGAGGAAAGUAUCCUCUCAAUUCCAGGAGGAAUAUCUUGAUGGACGAAAGAGUUUCAUCUUUUCAUGGGACAAGAAGCACAGAGGAAUUCACGUGGAAGCAUUGCUACACUUCUUUGACUCAAAUAAAAAGGGCGAAAAGUUUGAAUCGCCGCCAAGGCUGAAAAAACCGACACAGUCUGAUAAUCCUUCUUUUGAGAAAGCGGAUAUAAUGCCUCAAAAGGACGAGGUAAUUAAUGUUACGAAUCUCAAUUUAAUUCUAAGUGCAUAGCGUAUUAAAAAACGGCCUUACAUUUCCUAGCAACAUAAAUGCCUCAAUUUGGUAACUUGUAAGUCACUUCUAAUUUCUGAGUUUCGAAGAUAAAACUUGACAUUUUUCUUGUAUUUGUGUGUGAGUUGAUAUGCAUUAGCAAAUCCGAGUGAUGAUGGACCAAUGAUGAUUGUUUUCACCGUCACAAAAUUAGCGUUUUUGCUGGGCUCAUAGUAUCCCCUAUUAAAUCUCUUAUUGGACGGUUUGGUGUGUAAUCGUAAAAACAGUUUUACUCGUCUAUUGUAUUUUGACUCGCCCUACGGGCUCGUCAAACUACAGCGUUACUCUUAAAAAUAUCCCACGAUAUUACACACUAAACCGCGUCCAAUAAAACAUACUUAUUAACUUUCUUGUCGGCAUUACCUUGAAGAUCCGGGAGGCAUUAAAGUAAUUUUUUCAUGCCCAGAAAAUUGAGCGAGUAGCAAAACACAGCCGAAUUAAGGGACUGAUUUAAGAGUAAAACAAGUGCAUGGAGGAUUAUUUUGUAUUUAGUCUCACCUCCGUCUCCUUGGUAGCAAGUAUUUUAUAUUAGCGCUGUUCAUCUCUUAUUUACAGAUCCCGAAUUAUGCAGUUAAAAUUGUGUGUUGCAUUUGUGCGCAUGCUAAUUCUAAUGAUAAUGAGGGGCAACCUUAAAAUCAGGUUUUUUCCUGGAGAUUUUGUUCUCCUUGUAUUUGUUUUUACUGUGUUAUCACAUCAACAGGUUGAGAUCAUCAACGAAUUAGAAGAAAAAUCUACUGAAAUCCGGGCUGCAGAAGCGGUUGAUUAUAAGAAACAGGACAGAGUUAACGAAAGUAAGACAGCUGUGCAUGCGUCAGGGGGUAAGUACAUGUACAUUUGUAUAGAGGGUUACAUGGCGUCCCGUCGUAGGUCCGAAACUAGCGAGAGACGCUCAUGAGAUUUGGGUACGAGAUUAGGUAAAUUGCUCUGGGCUUGAACUGUCUCGGCGAGCUGUCCAAUUAGGGACCUACACAUUGAGUAUAGGGAUGUCUUAGGGAUCUAUCUUCCACAAACCCUUCAAAGAAAAAUUUGAAAACCUCCUUUUCUUAUUUUGUCUUCUGAAGGGUCGCAAUUGAAUUACCCAGAAGGCACGGUGCUCCUUGACACUCGGCUUCGCUAUGGGGAACUGUCGUAUGACGUUGAUGAUCUGCAAAAAAUGGAGGAAAACUGGUACCCACCUCAAGAAAUACGCCAAUCCCUUCAAAAUCGGUACAAGUCAACACCCGAAGCACAAGUGGAAUUGGUAGUUCGUCAAAACAGGCUUAUUCAGAACGUUAAUAUCUUGAAGUAUCCUUUGUGGCAGUUUUGGAGAUGGCAGUGCACAUUAUUUUGA